CCCCCUCUCCCUCCCUUUCGUCUUCCUAUUUCACUUCACCAUCUUCAAUUCUUCAUCUUCAUCUCCUUCCCAUCUUUCCUAUCUCUUUCCCACUCUCUAAACUACCCCUUCACCUUUACACAUUCCGACUCUCACUAAUCUCUCUCUUUUUUUUUUUUUACGUCCAUCAUGAGAUGAGAGCAGAAUCUUCAUCCUCAUCCAACUAAGAACAACUCAUCUUCCCCCCUAAUGGAGCCGUACAGUAACUCCGGUGGCGUCAGCAGCAGCUCGAGCUCGUCGUCUUCCUCCUCUCUCGCCUCUAUUACUAAGCCGCAAGAGAUGGACGGUUACUUGGCGGAGGCAGGGUACAAGGUCCGCUCCUCCGACCUACGUCACGUCGCUCAGCGGCUGGAGCGAUUGGAGAACGUCAUGGUUAACUCCCAAGAUGACCUUGCUCAGUUUGCUUCCGACACCGUCAUCUACAACCCCUCCGACCUCGCCUCUUGGGUCGACUCCCUCCUCUCCGCCUCCGACUUCAACUCCCACCUCCCCAUCUCCGAUCUCGACUUCCCUGACGCCAUCUUCACCAAUCAGACCACUCUCCCUUCCGACACCUGGACAGAAAUCAAACCGAUCCCAGUCGCCGCGCCACCGCCCCCGCUGCAGAACCACCAGCUCGUCACGGCGUUGGAGGAAGACUCCGGGAUAAGGCUUGUGCAGCUGCUCGUCACGUGCGCCGAAUCCGUCCAGCACGGGGAUCUCCCGCUGGCGGGCUCGCUGAUCGAGACCAUGCAGGCGCUGCUCACACGUGUGAACACCGGCUGCGGUAUCGGAAAGGUCGCCGGAUACUUCAUCGACGCCCUCAGCCGCCGUGUGUUCACGCCACAGAGCGUCGGCUCCGAUGUGGGCUCGGCUCACGAGAACGAGCUUCUCUACCACUACUUCUACGAGGCCUGCCCUUACCUCAAAUUCGCGCACUUCACGGCGAACCAGGCGAUCUUGGAGGCUUUCCACGGCCACGAUUGCGUCCAUGUCAUCGACUUCAACUUAAUGCACGGACUACAAUGGCCGGCGCUGAUUCAGGCUCUUGCUCUACGCCCCGGUGGGCCUCCCUUGCUUAGGUUGACUGGAAUUGGACCGCCGUCACCUGACGGCCGUGACUCGCUGAGAGAAAUCGGUCUCCGGCUAGCGGAGCUGGCUCGCUCCGUUAAUGUCCGUUUUGCUUUCCGCGGUGUGGCGGCUUUGCGGCUAGAGGACGUGAAGCCGUGGAUGCUUCAGGUUAGUCCAAAGGAAGCAGUAGCAGUGAACUCAAUCAUGCAGCUCCAUAGACUUCUCGGGUCCGAUUUGAGCCGGAUUGAAAUGAUGUUGAGCUUGAUCAGAAACCUUAACCCGAAGAUUGUCACGGUGGUGGAGCAAGAAGCGGACCACAACAAAGCAGGGUUCUUGGAGCGGUUCACGGAGGCUUUAUACUACUAUUCCAACAUGUUCGACUCGCUCGAAGCUUGUGGCACCAUGCAGCCGGACAAGACCCUAGCGGAGAUGUACAUACAACGAGAGAUAUGUAACGUGGUAUGUUGUGAGGGACUGGCUCGUGUCGAGAGGCACGAGCCACUCGCGAAGUGGAGAACCCGACUAGAAGAAGCCGGGUUCAGGCCGCUCCACUUAGGGUCGAAUGCGUACAAGCAGGCGAGUAUGCUGCUAACGUUGUUCUCGGCGGAAGGGUAUCGAGUGGAAGAGAAGGAAGGUUGCCUGACAAUCGGCUGGCAUAGCCGACCUCUGAUUGCGGCUUCGGCUUGGCAGGUUAUGCCCUUGCCUGAAGCAACCGCAACAGCGACCCAACUGGGUUGGGAUUGUUAAUCAUAGUGCCAAUCGUAUUUAAAUUGUUACUCUUUUUUUUUUUUUUUUUACUUUUACUACAACAACUACUACUCUCCUACUACUACUUGAGCUUUAUUUGUAAACUCGUGUUGCACCAGCUAUGAAUUAAGGAACUAUUCAUUAAUUACCAUAUGUUGGUUUA